AUGGCGACCAGCUCUCAUCACACACGCAAAUGACAGACAACACGACGUCACUUGCGGGUUAAUACAAACAGUGCCUCGCAGAUGGACCGGCUGCUUACAUCGGAACCGGUCACAUCGUCUAUUCGGCGAGAGACGGUGUUCAGUUAAGCGGCUGCUAUGCUGCAGUCCCUCGCCCGGACGUCUUUCCAGCUAGCCGGACUGCCGUCGCUCUUUGCUCGCUGAAACUGAGCGUAGGUCCGCGGUGCGUCUGCCCCCGGCUGAGAGCGAGGAUGGCCGGUCAUCGCUGCUGCGUCAACUCUCUAUGGUCGGGAAGCGAGCGCGUCCGCAUCGGGGAGCGCCUCAAGGCGACGCUGGCCGGGGUGUUGGAGCUAGAGCUGCUCCGGUGCAAACAGCUGGAGAUGGUGGACGCAGCUCUGGUGGAUAGAGCCGCCGACACCACUAUCGCCGCCGAGCCGGAGCCGGAGCCGGAGCCGGAGCCAGAGCUGGGGGUGGCGGACGAGAGCGGAACCACGGGAAGCAGCCCUGAGGACGCAGAGCAGAACGCUGCGACACCCCGAAGGCAACAGGACCCCUCCCCCUCAGAUACAAUGCCCUGUCAGAGUAACCCCAACAACUCUGGCAGUAACCCCGGCGACGGGACGGUACAUACUUCACUAGGAGGGGGAAUUAACUCCCGCUGGUCCACUUUAUCCUGGGACGCCCCCUCGGACCUGCUGUCACCCCCGACACCCGACCCGGGUGGUGUGGUCCACCUGGACAGUGACUCCAGACCUAGCUCAGGGUUUUAUUCUGUGAGUGGCAGCUCCCUGUCCGACUCCUGCUACUCCGUGUCCAGUGAGGCUGCCCACACGGUCAGACCCAUAAAGCUUUGGGAGCAGGUCCCCACGUCAGCAGACAACGCUGACAUUUUGUGGUCAGACUGUGCGUUGCAGCAGCCUGUACUCCACCAGUCACACAAGGAAUCUGAGCCAACAGAGGAGUCGCCAGUUUCAGUUUCAAGCGGCAACGAGGUGUCUGGUCUCAGCUUUUUGAACAACCUUUGCUCAGGCCUCAACCACUCUUUGAUUUCUUCUCUCCUAAAUCUCGACCGUGCCGCCCUCUCCUCCCAUGCGCAAACACCCCAGUUGGACCCGUGCUACUGCGAAGACCUGGUGUCCCGUAGGACAAAAGAGGUGUAUCCAUACCCCAGUCCGUUGCAUGCCGUCGCCCUCCAGAGUCCCCUCUUCACCUCACAGACUCAGGAGCGACCGCUUUCUCCAAACCCUGAAGGAAACCAGCCGGAUGAACUAACAGAGUCCAUAAGUCUGCAUGUCCAGCGCCCGAAUCCCAUAGCCCAGGCCUCUCUGACCCAGCUGGAGCAGUACAUCUCUCGGCUAGCUCACCAGUACCACCAUCGGAUAAACCUCUCCAUCCCCGAUUUCGGUUCAAUUGCUACCCCAUGUUCAGUCACGCACAGAGGCCAAUGCACGCCUGGUAAAAGUCACGGUUCCACUCAGUCCUUGUCUGCCUUUGAGAGCCGCAGUACACCGUCCAAUCUAACACCUUGCAAAUCACUCCUGGGUAACUCGGCUAGAGUCAGCCUCAGCGCUACUGGGAAAAAAGCCACCAGGAACUCAAUCAACCUGGGUAGCCUUCCCUCCGCGACUGGAGAGGAUCUGAACAUCAACUUGCAUCUGAAUCUAAACUUGAACCUUGCUCCUGGUUUGAACUCCAACAGGGGAGUUGUGGAGAAACCCAAACAUGUCAACCUGGGAGGUGAUUCAGCUCCUUCAGUUCCAACACAAGCCUCUUCCACACCCGGGCCAGCACUCAGAGCUCGGCCUCGCAUUUCCACCUGUCCCACCUCCCUGAGCCACCGUAGUUCUCUAGAGGUCACUUCAGCUGCAGGAGCCACUUCUGGACUCAGCCCGGCAGCCUUCUCUCGUUCACUGGAUUGGAGUGCCGGGCCGCCAUCUGAGGCUGGAACCUUUUCUGGUUCUGCGCCGGUGUCUCAGCGUAGCAGCUUGAUGCAGGAGUCCAGCUCCGGUCCCAAGAUGCCUGAGGAGUCCCCAAUGGUGGAGGAGAUCUCCCGUAUCUCUGGCCUGUCUAGGGCUGUGGUGGUUGGGCUGAUGGAGCAAGGUGUGGAGCUGGACAUCGACUGCUUCCAGGCUGAUGCAGCCAAUGAGAUGAAGAAGCACAGUAAAGGUCACCUGACAUCCCACAUGGAGAAACCACACGACUAUAUACGACUGACUGAGCUGAACCCUCAAAGACCAAUCCAGCUGUCUCUCAGCGUCACCCAUUCUCCACAGUCCCAGUCCAGUGUCACCCCUCCCCUCUCGCACUCGAGCAGCCCCAUCCACCCUUACCAUGCUACCACUCCACACUACUUCUCACACAGCCACUACCAGCAGAACCCCUUCCCGUCUGACCUCCCCUCCUCCACGGCAUCCUCCCCUGCCUCGCGCCCACCGCAGAGAGCCCACUCUCCCCCACAUCCUCUCCAACCCUCCCCGAUGGGAGCUGCCCCUCUCUCUGUAUUCCGAAGAGACGCCCCUUUCCAGAGUUCACUGCCCCGUGCGACGACCAGGACGUCGCCUGUGGAAUACGUCGGUGUCCAUCCCAGGGGUGGAUCCCUUCGACACAGCGGGGGAGGAAGCGGGGUUGAUGGGGGCUGGAAUAGGGCGGAGGGGGACGGGCUCUACAGAGGCAAGCAUGCGUCUCACAAGCUGAUAAGGGCAGCAACCGUGAGCAGCUAUGCCAAGAGGGAGGAUUAUGGCGCCGCUUGGGGUGAGGAUGAGGAGACCCGAUUGUGCAGAAAGACGUCCAGCAAACUUAGGAAAGCCUUUGAGGGGCGUUUCUGGGGCAAAGACACAUUGAUGGAAAGGGAGGAGAUGGACAGGGCAGAGUAUGGCUACGGUUGGACAAGGAACAUUGGCGGGAGCUGGAGGGGAGAACAGAGAAGGGUGAAGGUGGCAUCAAAAGUAGAGAGCUCACCUAUCUUCUCCAAGAAGAGGGGUAAAGAGUGUGGGGAGAGACGGAGCUCCAGCGUCAGGUUGUCCAGGAGGGCUCUGUUCAGGAGCGAGUCCCAGGGCUUGCUGGUGCCUCACAACCACGACGAGCCCACUCGGCAGGCAAACUGGGUCUCCUCCUUCGACGUGGGGCAAAGUGCUAUGAGUGCAGGCAGAGACGAAGGCGGCAGACUCCUGAGAGCAAAGGAGGACAAGCACCUCUUGUCCACCGCCAGCCUUUUUAACCUUUCCUGCUCUCAGAGCCUGGAGAGCAGCUGUCACUCCAUGUCUCCUCUUUCCUCUCCCUCCUUUUCUCCAUCCCCACCUCCCAGGCUGCCCCUCCAACGUUCUCGGUCCUUGAGGGACUUGGGGAGACGAGUCUUUGGGUCCAUGAGGUCCUUAAGCCUCAAACAGAAACCAUCUAAGUGACAUUUGUUCAGCUGUCAUGUGUUGAAAUUCAAUUUAAAUGUAAUAAGAGUAUUGCUUUUGGACAAGAGACAUUGAAUACAGGUUCUCCCAUCAACCACUCUGCAGAUGGACGUUCCUCUCAGGCACAUUAAUCCAUAAAAUGUAUUGCUUCAAAACGGGUCGGGAACUUAAUGACUGCACUGAAUCUUGUUUAAUAAAGUGAUGCAGCCAGGGAUCUCUGUUAAAAGUCCACAGAGAGAAGAAUGUGAACUAUCAGGGUCUGAAGAUGCAAAGACCCAAAUCAACAUCUUGUGUACAUUUCUGUAAAGUGUUGUGGAGCACUAACCUAGGCAAUAGUAGAUACAGUAAUAGUGAAAAUGCAGUGAACAUAAUGGCGUUGGUUAGCGACGACUUGACUGCUGUACCUCCUGAGUAUGAAUGUACUGUACAGGUAUAUGUGUUAUGCAUGCUGCUCUGUGACCAGUGAUCAGUUACUGUUAGGAUGUGAUAUUCUUCUUUAAUUAUUGGCAAUCAUGCCUCUGAAGUACAAUCAUACUGGCCAAAUGUUGACCAAAACCAAACUUUUUAUCUAGCAUAUGCUCAGGAUUUUGAAAGAAAUGUUGAGUGUGAACUAAAUGCAGCUUCUGAUGGCUCAUAAUUAAUAAAGCUGUAACGAAACAAACAUUGUGUCAUAAAUACACACACCAGCUUGACUGACAUUUUUUGACAGCAGCGUUGGCUUGAGCAGAAUUUAUUGUUGUAAAAAGUAGUUGGGUUAAAAAUGCACAAAUUCGAGCUAGCAUGGUGUGUGAAGUCUCUUUUUAGGUUUCCCAGGCAGCUCUGUGAACGCGUCUGAUCUUCUAAGCUAAACCCAAGUUCUCCCUG